UCCCGAGGCUGCCCAGGGAGCGGUAUCUGUUACCCCGAGGCCCAGGCUCUGCCCUCAGGGGCAUUUCACGCCCUUCCUCGGCCUCGUCGAGCGCCCCGCGGGCGGCGGGGCCGUGUCCGGGCCGGGGCGCGCGCGGCUCCUCAGCCCGGCCCGCGGGGUCUCCCGGCAACGCGGCGGACGCGGCGGCACCGACCCGCGGCCAUGGCCUCCAAGGCGGGCAAGAAGAAGGAGCUCCCCAGCCGCGCCGGCACCCAGCCCAAAAUGCAGAUGUGAAGCCAUGCCCAUGAAAGCAGGAUUUCAUCACAUAUAAUAGUGACUUGGGAAGAUAAAUGUCAUCUCUCCGAACGUCUUCCUUCUUCUUCCCUCAGCUUUUAUUGCUCAGCAUGGCAACAUAAGGCCAUCCAUGCCUUCCAAGGUAGCUGCUUCCCACGAGAAGUGGAGAUUUCCAAUUUGGCCAGAAUGGAAUGAUGCAGAUAUCAAUGCAGAAAAAUGGGAUGCUGGAAAAGCUGGAAAAGCUGGAAAAGAAGGAAAAGAAGGAAAAGAAAAACCUGGAAAAGGUCAAAUUUCACCUGGAUUUGAUGAUCCCGAAGGGAAAAUAAGGUUGCCAUCAUCCUUAAAAGUGCAUUCAUGGAAACGUCCACAAGAGUUUUUAGCAAAAGAGGUUCCUGUGAUAGUCAAAAAUGAAACUUCAUUUGACCUUGUUUCAGCAAAUGAGCACAUAUUUUGUUGUGAGCUGAUGAGAUGGAUUGUAAGUGAAAUCUAUGCUGUCUGGAGGCUACAUAAUGAAAAUUCCUUAAAUAGUGAAACACCCACACUUGUUUGGAAACCUUGGGAACAUAUUUAUGCCUUAUGUAAAGCUACUAAGGAACAUAUACCACUAUACAAUACAUUUGGAAAAUAUGUAUUGAAACUUUAUUGGAUGGGGUGUUGGAGAAAGAUCAUUGUGGAUGACACUAUGCCUUUCAGUGAAGAGGAGAAUUUGUUAUUACCAGCUACAACCUGCAAAAAUGAACUUUGGCCAAUGUUGCUGUCCAAAGCUAUCAUUAAGUUAGCAAAUACUAGUAUAUAUGAAACUGGAAAAAGAGAGAUGGAGGAAUUUACAGUUCUACAAACACUGACUGGAUGGGUACCAGAAGUUAUUCCUCUCCAGCCUGAGUACUUGGACAAAGUUUGGGGCUUUUUGAAAGAGAUUGUGCCAGAAUUCAAGUUGCCAGAGAAGAAGGCUCCAGAGCUUGAGGUUAUUCAAGAUGACACAAAACCUGAAGAGACUGAAGACUCAGAGUUAAAAAGUAGAAUUUCAUCUGUGACUAAGCUGACAGAUAUAACUGAGAAAACAGAGACAGCCAGUAGUGUUAGCAAAGAAAAAGCAGAGCAGAAAAAAGUAGGAAAGAAAAAAAAAGGAGGAGAGAAAGAAAAAGGCAAGUCUGCAGAAAAGUUGGCAAAAGCCCCAGACCUUCAGGACUUAACUGAAAGUUCACCUGUACCAACCCAGCCAGAAAUGGUCGUGUACGCUGGCUGUAUACCGCUGCAUUUGUUUGAAGAGGAUAUUUUUUUAUUAACACAAAUGGCUGAUUCUUCAGAGAAGAUGAGGCAAUAUGGGCUUUCUCAUAUACACAGCCAUCCUGUCUUGAUCACUAGAACCAGGUCCUGUCCUCUGGUAGCACCACCAGAACCACCACCACUUCCUGCUUGGAAGCUUUUCCGUCAGAAAAAGCACGUUGUUGUGACAUCUGAACCCCAAGAGCCUGCGGUAGAGAAACCUGAAAAAUAUGUUGAGAUCGCUAGCCUAUUUUUUAAAUACAAAUUGAACAUUAUCACAAUACCAACAGACACCCGCUUUCCACAGUCUACCCUCAAAAAAGGAUUUCAUUCUAUAUCCCAUCUCACUACUGUUAUUGAAACUGAUGAAAAUGAAAGUGACAGUAAUGGAGAUAUGAAUCAAAAUGGGAGACACUCAAAUCCAGAUUAUUCUCAGGAAACCACUCCCUUGUUGCAACAAAAUGCAGAAGUACCCAAUAAAGAAGAACAAGACAAUAUCAGUUUAGAUGCAAAACAAAUGUCAGAAAAGGCUGAUACUGAUAUGAAGAGCCAGACAGGGACUAAAUCAAAGGACGAAACAGCAUCAGAAAAGAUUUCAGUUUCCAGGGAAACGUGGAUUACCUUUGAAGACUUCUGUGUUUGUUUCCAGAAGCUGUAUGUUUUCCACAAGCCACAUACAUAUGCUUAUAAUUAUCAGAAGACAGGUUUUAAGUCUUCUGAUGAGGAAGUCUUCUAUUAUUUACUUGUGGACAGUCUGAUGCCCAUCGAAAUCCUGGUUAGCUUUUCUGCGUUAGUACACUGGGAUGUUACUGAAGAUACUAAAAAAGAAUAUUCAACGGGUGUGCUGAAGGUUGAAUAUUUCUCUUGGAUUUCUGUGACUCCUGGAAAACUUGUGUUAAAGAUACAUACAACUGCAACCAAAGCUACUGUGGUAAAUCUUCCUGCUGGGCGACACAUCCUGCUCUUCAGAGUAACUUGUCCCAUAGGGCACCACAUUCAUCUGUGUACCAUGGUGCCCUGUGUCUUUGGAGAAGAGGAUGCUGUGAUGCCAGCUCUUCAGAAGGAGAGCUCUCGAUUUAUAGAACAGGCUACAGCUAUCCUGAAAGCUGUUGGAAAUGUGAUAAAUAAUUUCAGCAAUAAGGAUGAGCUUCCUAAAGCCUUGAAGGAAUUGGAAGUAGCUCAUUGUCCUCCUGGCCUUCAUGAUAUUAAAACAGCUAAAGAAAACAUCAAGGUUUUCAAUAAUGCAUUUUGGUAUUUGAUCAAAUAUAUAUUAGACAAGAAGGAUCUUUGCAGAUAUAAAUUUGCCUUCAGGUCCUUCACUUUGGAUUUUAAAGACAUUGAUAUUUCUGGGGAUGACACUGUGUUUUCAGGCAGCUACAGGACUUCCGGCUUUGUUGAUGUUACUCAUCCUUCCCAUCCUCCAGAGAGCAGUGAGGAGAAAUUCCCUAGUAGCUGGGAGACUCAAACUCCCACAACUGAAGAAGAAGCAGCAGCUCUCAAAAUUCAAGCCAUCUGGAGAGGGACCUAUAUUAGGAAAAUACUGAAGAGCAGAGAACCAGGUACUAAAGAGAACACUGAUGUUGAAGAAACGUUGAAAAACCUGUGGGCUAUGAUUGAGAUAAAUUUUGAAGAGUAUGCUGUAAAAUUAUUAAGAGAAAUAUUUAAAAGAAACAGUAAUUUAGCUGAGAAGUUUCCUUGUUAUGAAGAUGAAUGCUGUAAGAUGUAUUUUACUGACUAUGCAGUAACAUAUGCUGAUCAGCCACCAAAUGCAUGGUUUCUGGUUUUCAGAGAAAUAUUUUUUGUCCCAGAAGACAUGCUUAUAUUGACAAAGGUGUUUACCACUAUCCCUUCCUGUAGACUUCAUGUUCUUGAUAAUGAUACACAGGAGGAAAUAUCACAUGGCUUUUUCAAAGUAGCACCUCGUGUUUAUCCUAAAAAUAAGAAAGGAUACACUUUUGUGGCUGAAGCACACACUGGUGACCAACCUGUGGCAGGUGGAAAAUGGAUUCUACGCUUCAUCAGCUCCCAUAGUGCCCUUCCAUUCCUCUCUCGUGGGGCUGUAAAUAAUUUGUAUUCUACUCAACAAUUUAGGGAGCAUUACAUACCCAACAAGGAGUUCCUAAUGUUUAGGUAUUUUGUAAAAGUCACAGCACCACAUACUGCUACAUUGCAGGUACAAACCUCUAAAUCAGAUGUGUUCAUUAAACUGCAAGUCCUAGAAAAUGGGAAGGAAAUUAAGAGUGUCAUUGGAAAGGGCAAUGCAGUCAUGCCGGUUUUCAAUUUCUGGGCUGAUCAAUUGCUUUUGAGCUCCCACUUAAAAAUCCCACGGAUUACUCCUAGUCCAAAGAAGGGAUUAAGAAAAGGAAGUCAUAGUUCACCAAAGGACAGCAAAACUGCUUCCAAGACAGACCUUAGUUCACCAAAGUACAGCAAAACUGCUUCCAAGACAGAUCUUACUUCACCAAAGUACAGCAAAACUGCUUCCAAGACAGACCUUAGUUCACCAAAGUACAGCAAAACUGCUUCCAAGACAGACCUUAGUUCACCAAAGUACAGCAAAACUGCUUCCAAGACAGACCUUAGUUCACCAAAGUACAGCAAAACUGCUUCCAAGACAGACCUUAGUUCACCAAAGUACAGCAAAACUGCUUCCAAGACAGACCUUAGUUCACCAAAGGACAGCAAAACUGCUUCCAAGACAGACCUUAGUUCACCAAAGGACAGCCAAGCUACUUCCAAGACAGACCUUGUACAGGAAGUCCCAGUGAUAACAAUAGAUGAAUCUUCCAUCUUGGAAAAUUUUGAAAAUAGUGUUGGAAACCCACUACAAUCUCACCAGUAUUCAAUCGAGGCAUUGGUGUUGCAUGAUAGUUGGCCACUUACUGAGAGUGAGUCUUUGUUUGUUCAGAAACUAAAAGAAAUGCAGAAAGAUGAAAUCAAAGUAAAAAAGAUUGCAAACAUUCCUAAAUUACCCAGAAGUCUCAAAUCAUUUGAGAAGAUAGAAAAAGAGAAGGUCCAUACAGAAAAAGAGAAGGUCCAUGCAGAAAAAGAGAAGGUCCAUGCAGAAGAAGAGAAAGUCCAUACAGAAAAAGAGGAAGUCCAUACAGAAAAAGAGAAAGUCCAUACAGAAAAAGAGAAAGUCCAUACAGAAAAAGAGAAGGUCCAUACAGAAAAAGAGAAGGUCCAUACAGAAAAAGAGAAGGUCCAUACAGAAAAAGAGAAGGUCCAUACAGAAAAAGAGAAGGUCCAUACAGAAAAAGAGAAGGUCCAUACAGAAAAAGAGAAGGUCCAUACAGAAAAAGAGAAAGUCCAUAAAGAAAGAGCACCACACGAAUCUCAGGUUCACCCAGAAGAUUCAACCACACCCUACUGGAUUUUUCGCAUAGUUAGUGAACAGAAAGAGGCAGACUUUCUGGAGGUGAAGAAAGACACCAGGCGAGUAGAUGAGAUCAGAGCCAUGAAACAAGCAUGGGAGUCUGCAGAGCCAGGGAGAGCUGUCAAGGCUUUUCAGGAACGUAUGCGUUUUAUUAAUAAGUAUGCUGUGAGAGAUUCAGAGGAACCCCUAGCUGGGGCUAAGACUGCCGACUUGACACCUAGCUCAGGACAAACAGGAAAGCAAGCACCACAAACAGCUGUUGACUCAAGACUAAAAGCACAGCAAAAAAAAUGGGAGCUUAUAGACCUUAGUCGUUACACAAGAAAAACAAUGUCUGAACCUGUGCUGAUAAAUGAGUCUAUCAUUCAACAGCAACAGAUACAUAAAGAAGAAGAAAUCAACCAUUUUAGGCAGCUUCGCAUGCUGGCUUUGGAACAAAGACAAAAAGAAGAAAAUGAUAGAAUUUUACUGAAGCAAAAUAUAUUUGAAAUGUAUGAGAACCUGCAGGCAUCGUUAGAUGAAACACGAGACAGAGUUUACAGCAUUCGGGAAGCAUACAGAAAUCAGCUGCUGGAGGCUGAGCGCAGAAGAGAAGAAGAACUGGCAGCUCAGGAAGCAGCCCUGAAAGCAGAACGAAAGAAGAAAAGCACAGACAAAAAGAAAAAACAGUAAAGGUUUAGUGAAAAAAAGUGUAGUUGCUAUCACUCCUGAAUUGUACUUAACAGUUUGGGAAAAAAGUUCAUAUGCAAAGAUGAAAAAAUUUGUUUAUUAUUUUCAAGUAUUUUUGACAACUAAAUCACAUUUUAUCUCUUUGCCUGUUGCUAGUGAAAAAAUUGAUCUAGUAUUCUUUUUAGCAAAAUGUUUGGUAUUUUGCUUCUCACAAAGCUACUCACUACUACUGAAGUUUUUAUGUUUUACUAAUAACUUUUGCAAUAAAAUUCAUAUUCCAUUCAGACACUUCUUACAAAAUCAGUGAGUUUUGUGUU